GACAGGACCUGGGAGACGCUGCUUCUUCCGCCUUGGCCUGGCCUUAGCAGAGAGUAUCUGUUGCAGUCAUGUCGGCUGCGAUUGCAGCUCUAGCUGCUUCGUAUGGCUCGGGCUCGGGGUCCGAAUCGGAUUCGGACAGUGAGGGCAGUCGGUGUCCGCUGCCAGCCGCGGACUCUCUCAUGCACUUGACCAAAUCGCCUUCAGCCAAGCUCUCUCUGACCGUGGCGGUGGACUCGGCUCCGGAGGUGGCAGUUAAGGAAGAUCUGGAGACUGGAGUUCACCUUGACCCUGCUGUCAAAGAAGUUCAGUAUAAUCCCACCUAUGAGACCAUGUUCGCUCCUGAGUUUGGACCAGAAAAUCCCUUUCGAACACAGCAAAUGGCUGCCCCUAGAAAUAUGCUUUCUGGGUAUGCAGAGCCAGCACACAUCAAUGACUUCAUGUUUGAACAGCAAAGAAGGACAUUUGCUACGUACGGCUAUGCACUGGACCCUUCGUUAGAUAAUCAUCAGGUGUCUGCUAAGUAUAUUGGCUCUGUGGAAGAAGCGGAGAAGAACCAAGGCUUAACUGUAUUUGAAACUGGUCAGAAGAAAACAGAAAAGAGGAAAAAGUUCAAAGAAAAUGAUGCAUCUAAUAUUGAUGGUUUCUUGGGACCAUGGGCAAAAUAUGUGGAUGAAAAAGAUGUGGCCAAACCUUCAGAAGAAGAACAAAAGGAAUUGGAUGAAAUCACAGCAAAGAGGCAGAAAAAAGGCAAACAGGAAGAAGAGAAACCUGGGGAGGAGAAGACAAUCUUACAUGUUAAAGAAAUGUAUGACUAUCAAGGCAGGUCCUACCUUCACAUACCUCAGGAUGUUGGUGUUAAUCUACGGUCAUCUGUGCCACCUGAAAAAUGUUACCUUCCCAAAAAACAAAUUCACGUGUGGUCUGGACACACAAAGGGUGUCAGCGCCGUCAGGCUCUUUCCUCUUUCUGGACAUUUGUUGCUGUCUUGCUCCAUGGACUGUAAAAUUAAGCUAUGGGAAGUUUAUGGAGACCGGCGCUGUCUGAGAACAUUUAUUGGUCACAGUAAAGCUGUGAGAGACAUCUGCUUCAACACUGCAGGAACCCAGUUCCUCAGUGCGGCCUACGACAGGUACCUUAAACUCUGGGACACCGAGACAGGACAGUGUAUAUCAAGAUUUACAAACCGCAAAGUACCCUACUGCGUCAAGUUCAAUCCCGAUGAAGAUAAGCAAAAUCUCUUUGUGGCUGGGAUGUCUGAUAAGAAGAUCGUACAGUGGGACAUCCGCAGUGGAGAGAUUGUUCAGGAAUAUGAUCGGCAUCUGGGGGCUGUCAACACGAUUGUUUUUGUUGAUGAGAACCGAAGAUUCGUGAGUACAUCUGAUGAUAAAAGCCUACGAGUUUGGGAAUGGGAUAUCCCUGUGGAUUUUAAGUACAUAGCAGAGCCCAGCAUGCACUCAAUGCCCGCAGUGACUUUGUCUCCAAAUGGGAAAUGGCUAGCAUGCCAGUCAAUGGACAACCAAAUCUUAAUUUUUGGAGCACAGAACAGAUUCAGAUUGAAUAAGAAGAAAAUAUUUAAGGGCCACAUGGUAGCAGGCUACGCUUGUCAGGUAGACUUCUCACCAGACAUGAGCUAUGUGAUUUCAGGAGAUGGAAAUGGGAAAUUAAACAUCUGGGACUGGAAGACCACAAAACUCUACAGUCGCUUUAAAGCCCAUGAUAAAGUGUGCAUAGGCGCAGUGUGGCACCCCCAUGAGACCUCCAAGGUCAUCACGUGUGGUUGGGACGGCCUCAUUAAGUUGUGGGAUUAAUGGGAUUAGUCCUUUCACUGUCUGGGAUCAUUUUUGAUCCAGUGUCUUAUUUAACUAUUUAAUUAUUAAAAUGUGUUGGAUGACAGUUUGAUUUAUAGGUAAUCUUUUCUUAUAUGGCCUUAUGAUGUUGGCCUAUUGUUUUUAAGAGCUUGGUAAAUUUGCCUCAGAGAAGUUCAAUAGCAACUUCAUUUUGUUCUUUAUAGAUGUUAUUUAUAUGGGGAAUGACAACUGGUUAUAUUUGACAAGUAGUUACUGUUGGCAGGCAGUUGCGUUUGUCCCUGUGAUGUCACUGAAAGGAUCAAAGGAUCGUUUUGGAGUGAAGAAAAAAAAAUGCCUAUUGGAUAUGGGAUCUUAUGGGAAAUGAUGUAGCUAACGACUCAGAAAGGUGCCAGGCACUUAACCGACCCACCCAGCAGGGUGGCAGGAAUACAGGCGGAGCCACCCACAGUCACCUACAGUCACCUACAGUCACCUACAGUCACCUACAGUCACCUACAGUCACCUACAGUCACCUACAGUCACCCACAGUCACCCACAGUCACCUACAGUCACCUACAGUCACCUACAGUCACCCACAGUCACCCACAGUCGCCUACAGUCACCUACAGUCACCCACAGUCACCCAUAGUCACCCACAGUCACCCACAGUCACCUACAGUCACCCACAGUCACCGCUGCUGAAUCAAGCUCUUGUCUUCUUCCGGUUCCAUUAUUUUUAUGGCCUUUGUAUUUUUACGUGUAAACUAGUGACCCUCAUUGGUUGCAGCUUUCUUCUAACUAUUAAGCAAUGUAAAAUUAGAAAGCAGUCCGAAGUUCCUUUCUUGACUCUCUUCCUAGUCACGAGAGACAGGACUGUGUAGACCUAAGCAGAAAGUGAGGUUGUCUCUGAAGCUGGAACUCAAGGGAACAAGCCAAGGCUUUGAAUGUUGCUUGCAAUCACUGUCUGUAAGGCCCUGGCUGCACCCAGAAAUCAGGGUCUCAGGCUCUGCUUUGCCACUGGAUGAAUAAUAAUGAGUUCCCUCUGGCCAGAGUGUGAAGACAGAGUCCAAAAUACCACUUGUAAUUUCUUUAAAGUCACAGUUUUGUCCUUAAAAUCACUCUGGUUUUACUUGUGAAUAUAAACAGUAAAACUUUUGAAUGUUAGAAAAAAAUUAAAUUUCUUUUCAGAUCUUUGAAAAACCAUUGACAUUAUAAGAAAAUGCCUGGAGCCCCCCAGUCUGAAAGGCCACGGGGCUUUCUCUUUUUUAAAUCACAUGCUGAACAUUGCACUGCCUAGCCAUUGCCAUUUCUGUGUCUUCCAGGAAGGGUGGCAUAUAGGAGGAAGGAAUUAUACAAAACCAUUCUGUCGUCCAAACCACUAUUUUAACAAAUGUGAAUUACUGGAAUGUAGUAAGAGAAAAACUUCAACAACAGUAUUGCAUGUUAACAAAUCAUAAUUUCGUAAUCUCAAUUUCUUUUAUUGUGUUUUUGACUGUUUCUAAACAGAGUAAUUGUACAUAAAAGUUUUCUCUUUUUUGAAAAGAUCCUAUUUUUGAAUAAAGCAUUCUUUUUAUAGAAA